GAAAUUAAGAAAUUGUUAAGAUUUCUUAACAAAAUUAGAUUGACAAAUGAGAUUUAUAAGGGUCACUCAUGUUAUAUGGGUUAAAAGAAGAAUACGUUGUAUUUCAACACGAACUUUUGAGAUUCAAACUAUUGGUGCUCUUACAAGAAAAGCUGAAGAAACAAAUCUAUUAAAAAUACAGGAAAUACCAGUAAAGAACAAGGAAAAUGUGAAAAAAAGCUUACUGGAGAGAUUAAAAGGGAAAAAAAUUAAUAUACUGGCAAAACCAUUAAUGCCAGGUAUUUUACCAUAUGAUGAAUCUAAAGUAUCCCGUGGAUUAAAAAAUGGUGUUCUAAAAAAAGAUUAUAUGGGGUUUCCAUGGCCAGAUGAAGCAAAAUAUGUAGACUCAGAUCUUGCAUUUUAUGAGGAUUUAUCUACAGAAAAAAAAGAUAUGAAAACUAUUAAAAAAUGUUUAGAAUAUGAUAAUUUAUCAGUUUCAUUAAAAGAUUCAGAUAGAGAAUUAAGUAUUAAAAGUAAAAAAAAUAUCAAAGAAGAGAAUAAAAUGUUAAAAGAUGAAUUUAAUUUGAAGAUGGAUGAUUAUGAAAAAAAUCAAAGGAUAUAUCGUAGUCCUAUAAUUAGAAAAGGGCAUUCUAAAUUAGAUAUGUUUGUAUCGAGGCUUGAGUUUGUUUCUAAAGAAGAUUUGGAUCCAUAUAUGCCAGAUUGGGUUAUAUCGUCAAAAAAAAUAAAUAUAUUAAAAUCUAAAGACUCGGUACCAAAACAGUUUAGAGAAAUGGAUAAAGAAUUAAAAAAAAUGAAUGUUAAAUCUAAUGAAGGGAAUCUGGAUUGCAAAAAUAUAUUUUAUAUGAAUGAUUCAACUUUUUUUAAUAAUUGUAUAUACAAAAACUCGUCAAUAAAGCCAAAUCAGAAGAUUGAAAUGAUUAAUAUCAUAAAUGAGAUGAUAAAACAAAAGACUGUUUAG